AUGGCUGCCGAUUGUAUUGGCAUUGGUGUCUUUGGAAACAAUGGAGUCACAGAGAGUUCAUUCACCGAAUCUGUAGAGGAAAACAGAGGAGAUAGUGAUGAUGAUGAGAUCGAAGAUGAAUCAGAUAAUCCAGAAGGGUUACAAGAAACAGAACAAUCUCAACCGAUACAAGUCAAACGAAACUCUGACAAUAGCAUCAACAAAUUCAAGGCAAGGCUAGUGGCAAAGAGUUAUGUGCAAAGGCAUGGUGUAGAUUUUGACGAAGUAUUUGCUCCUGUGGCACAUAUCGAAACUAUACGGUUCCUCAUUGCUUUGUCAGCUUCGAAUGGAUGGGAAGUGCAUCACUUGGACGUGAAGACUGCAUUUCUACAUGGAGAAUUAAGGGAGGAUGUCUUUAUUACUCAACCUGAAGGGUUCAUAACCGAUGGAUUUUAUGUGGAUGAUCUUCUCAUAACUGGUUCGAGUUUGCAGCUGAUACUUGAGUUCAAGAAGGAUUUGUCAAGAGCCAAGGGAGUCACAUGGAGCACUCAAGUUCUUCCAAUUGAGGCUUUCAGUGACCCUGCCAAUGGAUUCAUCUUGGAGGGAGAAGAACAUGAGUUUGGUGCUCAUGUGAAGAUUGCUCCAUCACCUGUCGCUGCUGCUGAAAACCUCCCUUUUCACAAAUUCUCUUGGAGUAGUGUUAGGGAUUUCUCUCUUCUAAAACAGAGUGAUUACGUCUCAAAAACCUUCCAAAUGGGAGAAAAAAGUGGUGAGACUCUAACCGUGUAUCCAAAGGGAGACUCUAGAGCAGAGGGCGAAUUAUCCAGCUAUGUGCAUUUAGCUGAAGGGGAAAACUUAUCGAAGGGUGAGCUGAUUAUGGUGCGAGCACGGCUGCAGAUUCUAGACCCGCGUGGAUCCAAUCACCUAUCAGGAUGGCUUCAAAGUUGGGUCAUGACCUCGAACAAAGGGAGGGGUCUUACACAGUCCAUGCCUUUAGCUAAAAUUCAGGAGGGUUACUUGGACCAUGAAGAUACUUUGAAUGUAGAGAUGGAAUGUGAAAUUGUUAACGCCAUAAAAAACAACCCCCUUUUUUAG